AUGUCAGUGCACAGCCCGCAGAACCCGAGAAUUGUCAAGGCAGAAGUUAUUGCCGAGGACUUGAAUGAGCGAGUUUCGUACUUGAAGGAGUUUAUCGGGUUUGGACAAGAGGAUAUCGAUGCGCUCCACGCCGCGGCGCCGUUGGUCGAUCCCCUCGUUCCUACCAUCGUCGACGCAGUCUACGUCAAGCUCUUCUCCUUCACCAUCACCAAACAAUCCUUCCUUCCCCGUCAGACAGGCUACGAUGGACCCACACCCACCUCCGCGUCCGACUUGACUCUAAACCACGACCAGAUCAAGUUCCGAAAAGACUUCUUGAGUCGUUACUUGCGCAAGCUCGUCACCGACAAAUCCUACGGCCCAGAAUUCUGGAAGUACCUCGAUAAUGUGGGAUUGAUGCACACCGGCCAACCCGGGUUCAAACACCGCGAAAAGAAACCCGCGCUCAGGGUCGACUUGAUUCACUGUACCAUCCUCCUCGGUUACGUCGUCGACAUGCUCCUCUCCGUCGUCGUCCCCCACCCCGAUCUCGACAACGCCACGAAAACCGCCGUACUCCGCGCCGUCAACAAAGUCGUCUGGAUCCAGAACGACUUGUUUGGGAGGCACUAUGUCAAGGAAGAGGGAGGAAUGGAGAGGAAUAUGGUGGUUGCGAAACAGAGGACGUUGCAGGAUAAGGUUUCGGAUGUUGCUUUGAUGGAGGGGACGGCGUGGGUUGUUUUUGGGGCUAUUGUUGCGGUUAUGGGGUGGACUUUGCAUAGGCUGUACACUGGGCAGGUUGCGUGGUUGCCUUAA